GGCGCGGCCGGGCUCCCGGCGCCGGCCCGCCCGGACCCGACGCCUGCCUGCGGGGCCAUGAGGCGGCCGCGCAGCGCGGCGCGGGCCCGCGGGGCUGCAGCAUGAGCCCCUGCCUGGGGCUCCGCAAGGCCUGCUUCCUGCUGUCCGUUAGCGCUGCCGCCCUGCUCCUGCUCCUGUUGCCGCGGGGGCAGCCCCCCGGCGCGCCCCGCCGCCGCCCUCCGCCCGCCGCCGGGUCGAGCAGGCCCCCGCCGCAGCGGCCGGUCUCCGGAAGCAGCGCUGUGUCCGGCACGCGGACGAGCUCUCGCGGGGAGCCGGGGCACGGGGCUGGAGGCCUCGCCGGCAGCUCGCAGCUCGUGCGGAAGAGCCGCCCUGGGACCGCCGGGGGCUCGGGCAGAGAAAGCCUGGAGCUGAAGGACAUCUUCAUUGCCGUGAAGACCACGAGGAAGUACCACAAGAGUCGGCUGGACUUGCUGCUUCAGACCUGGAUCUCCCAGGCCAGGGGACAGACAUUUAUAUUCACAGACUGGGAGGAUCGGGAGCUACGUCUGAAAGCAGGGGAUCAUAUGAUCAACACCAACUGUUCCGCUGUCCACACCCGGCAAGCUCUCUGCUGCAAGAUGUCUGUGGAAUAUGAUAAGUUCCUGGAAUCUGGGCAAAAAUGGUUUUGCCAUGUAGAUGAUGACAACUACGUGAACCCUCGGACUCUCCUGCGUCUCUUAUCUGCCUUCUCACACAGCCAGGAUGUCUACGUGGGACGACCAAGCCUGGACCAUCCCAUUGAAGCAGCUGAUCAUGUCCAAAGUGAUGGAUCAAAGACAACCGUGAAAUUCUGGUUUGCCACAGGUGGAGCAGGAUUCUGUAUCAGCAGAGGUCUUGCUCUGAAGAUGAGUCCCUGGGCCAGCUUGGGUAAUUUCAUCAGUACUGCAGAAAGAGUGCGUCUUCCUGACGACUGCACUAUUGGCUACAUCAUUGAAGGGCUGCUGGAGGUAAAGCUGCUGCAUAGCCCAUUGUUCCAUUCCCAUCUGGAAAAUCUGCAAAGACUACAAGGCGAGUCUGUGCUGCAGCAGGUAACCCUAAGUUACGGAGACCCUGAGAACAAACACAAUGUUGUGAGUGUGGGAGGAGUGUUUGGCCUUCAGCAAGAUCCAACACGAUUCAAAUCUGUCCAUUGUCUGCUCUAUCCUGACACUAUUUGGUGCCCUGCUAAGAAGAUGUCGUAAUUCUUGUCCAGUCAUUGACACCUGUAUCUUACCUAGUUUGCAUAAGAUGGGAGUUGUGGUGGACUUUCUGUGGUGGUUUUUCUUCUUCUGGAAGACAACCAGAGGUAUCUACAAAGGAGGUAGACAGACUGUUUACAAAAGCAGCUGUUCAGCUGCAGCCUGGGACAUUCCAAGAAGAAUCCUUGUUCUUCUGUGUAGCGGCUCUU